AUGCCAAUUAUAGGGGUGCCGAGGUGCCUUGAAAACCCCUUUUGCGCGCCUGCGAAGUUUCCGCUUUCGGUCAAAAAGAAAAUCCGAAUUUAG